AUGGCCGUUUUAAGACUUUCUGUCAUCUGCCUUUUGAUCUGGCUAGGCGUUGUAGAUGCCUACAGAAAAGCGGUGAAUCCUAGACCCACAACAAGUACUUCGGAAGAGAUUAAACCAUGGCGUAGAACUAUUUAUUCAAGUCAGGUAGAAGUAGUUACACCCACUGUUAUUGCGGGUGUAACUUUCUCGGCCAAGCCUGCAGUGACUUCUGAUCCAUUGCAACCAUGGGUGUCUCUCGAUAAGCUCGGAAGCCCCAAAACUAAGAAACCUGAGAUCAAAAAAGGUCGCACAGUUAACGGAUAUCCCGAUUACAAAACUUUCUUCCAAACGGCCCAUACCACCACCCUUUCUGGCGCAGAACUCGGUGCUCACAACAUGGACGACAAAGAGAUUUUCGAAGAGGAGUAUUUCGAUGACGAAGACAAAACAUAUGUUUCGUUGAACCCUGUCAUUCGCUGUACGCCGGACCGCUACAGAAACAAAGGAUUGGCCAAAGACGUUUCCAGCGCACCGUUCUGUACUCCUUUCGAAAAUGUGGAAUGGAAGAUUGACCACACCUACUUUGUGACGUGGUUCACCAAAUUCUUUGAAGAUCCAGCAACGGACAAAAUCGCAGAAAAAGUGAGACUACACGCCUUCUACGUCAAGGAGAAAGCCCACGAAAAGGGAUUCGGAAAGAGAAGUUUGCGCGGUUCGUUUUUCAGCUCAGAAUGGGUGAAAAACGUUGAUGGGUUGUACCCAGUGGAACCCACAGAGGAAUGGCUUCAGGACAAAUACGAAAAACGUAUCUUGCUUGCAAUCCAGCCCGAUUACAUUAGCGAUGACGAAUUUGAUCCAUGGUCCCACGGGCUAUUGUUGAAUGUCAUUAUGGGCUCUCGAGUAUUCAAAAACACCAAGGAACAGCUGGCUUUGCAGGACGCGGGUCUUUCCGAUGAUACCUGGUACUACGUGGCCCUCACCAUGCCCACCAUGGUUGUUGUGGCAUGUGUGGCCAUGUAUUUCUUUCUUCAACUCAACAAGAACCAUCGCGAUCUUCGCGACGUUAGACAAAUGGCGGUCAACCAAAGACAUCGCGUACUGGGUAAAUUUAAGACUUUCAACAAGUACAAAAAAUUCAAGAAUCAUACCUACAGCGAGCUGCCCACGCAUAGUAAAAAAACUAGUAAGCAAAUUUGA